AUGAAUGUUGAGCCUGAAUUCGAGAGACGUUUAAGUGAUCACAAAACAAGCGUAGAAGAGCGCUCAAAUAGGGGAAGUCAAGAUAUUGACCCCAAACUUCCAGAAGUCCAUAUUGCUAUUGAGGCAAAAUCAAAUUGGAGAUUAUGCUUAUUUAUAUGAAAAAUUAUUGAAAUUUAUUAAUUUUUUUAUUUUUUCAUGAGAUAUAGAUAUUGAAUGAGCUGAAUUAUAGAAUAAUUAGUAGGAGGAUAAUACUAAUUGCCAAACUUUUGGAUCAUUGAUAUACGCAGAUCUUUAUGAUAACCAUUACUCUUUAUGCUCUAUUCGGAGACGAUAUCAGGCUAGCUGCAACAACUAAAGAUGCGGAUAUAGCGUUUUAUGUCCUAACUAUUAUUUGCCUAGUUUUCUUUACUUUAGAAAUAGUUUUAUCUUCAUUGGUAAAAGAAGGCUAUUUCUUACUCCUCCUAAAAUGAUAAUUUUAGGAUUAAUUAUUUUGAUAAAUAUAAAUCUUCUAUUAGAAAAAAAAUUAUUUAUUUUUUUACUUUUUAAAACAAAAAUAUAAAGGAGAGCCAGGAUUUUUCUUUUGGCUAGACUUAAUUUCCACGCUGACACUUGUCAUGGACAUUGGCUGGGUUUGGGACGCAAUGGUUGAUAGUGGCAGCAGUAGUGGAUCUGGCAAUGGCAAAGCUAAAAAAAUAGCAAGCGCAGGCAAAGCAUCUCGAGGAGCAGCCCGAGCUGCCAGGGUUAUUAGAGUUAUCCGAGUUAUCCGACUCAUAAGAAUCACCAAACUGUACAAAAUCGCUAAAGAAGCUCGUGAAGCGGCCAAGAAAAAUCGUCCAAUACUGAGGCGAACAAAUAUAAAAUACAGAGGAGAAGAAGCUAUCCACUUGCCCCGUAAUUUAAAUCGUGGUUUUGAUGAAAUUGAAGAAGGAAGCCAAGCUUCAGCCUCCCAAUCUUUUACAUCCCAUGAAGAUCAAACUGCAAUUGACGAUAUCAUAAUAAUUUAAAAAUAGAGUGAUCUAUGUGAAAUUUAGAUCCUUUAAUCAGUCUAUUUUAUUCUUAGGUUCAAUUUUCGCAUAGAAUCCUAAAGGCUAAGGGUUUUUCUCUCAGCCUAAUCGAGGAGGGUGAUAUUAUACGACAACACACAGGAGCUGAGUAGCAUGCGACUUCAAGGUCCCGAGUUAGAAAGCCGUCGGCUAUUAUUGUAUUUGGAAUGCCUGCCCAUAGUGCACCAUUGUGAUAGGAUGACCUAUGAUGUCACUAGAUUUAACUAAUCCCUUUACUAGGAGUAGGCGCCAGCCACUAUAAAAACUUAAUUAACUUGCAAUGGACGACAGAAAAAAUUCUUUUUCUGCAGGGUCAAGUCAAAAUUUUUCUGACACCGAAAGUUUGGCAGAAGAAAUCGAGAUCCCUCAAGAAAGCAAUGUCGGAAAAAAAUUAUACCUAAUUACUAUAAAUAAAAAGCACCUAUUGGUAACCUUAUUUUAUUUUCAUAUAUAAAAUAAGACAGCAGUUAAUCAUUAUGAAUUCUUUUAUUUAUUAUAAUUAGGUAUAAACGAUAUUACUACAAAAAGAGUCAUAAUACUUGUUAUUUCGAUUAUGGUGAUGCUACCGUUAUUUUAUCCCACACUGUAUGUGGACGCUAAUACAUCGGGGACUUAUGGACUAGAAGCUAUGAAUUCUGUUGUCCAUGACCAUGACUCCUUUUUGAUAGCUUGAAACAACUAUAUUAAAAAACAUAAAAAACUAUAUUUGCCAUUAUGCUAUUUAUAUGUGGCAAAUAGGAAGACCUGGGAAACAGAUAUAAGUCCAGAUGACUUGAGGGACGUUGAAAAAACUACUGUGUAUCUGGAUAACAUGUCUGACGAUUAUUACUAUUCAAGUUAUGCUGUUUUUGAUAUAAGAAAUGAAUCUCGGCUAGGAGCUGGGCUAAAUAUUGCAUACUAAAUUGAAUUUUUCGCUAAAAAAUUCUUUAUUUUUAUAGUAAAAUUUAUUUUUAAUACAGUAUAUCAUCCGAACUGUUUAUAUCUGCAUCCUUUUAUCAGCUGCCACAAUGCUGCUUUCAGAUGAUGCCCAAAAAAUGCUUCUAAACCCUCUGGAAAACAUGAUCAAAAAAAUCCAGAACAUCGCGAAAAACCCUCUUCAAGCUGCCCAAAAAGAAGAGAAAAACGAAGUCAUGAAAGGGCUGACCUCAAGUGACAAAAAGAAAAAAGACCAAGAACCAAUGGAAACUGCUUUUCUUGAACAAACCAUUACAAAAAUCGGAGCUUUGCUAGCAUUAGGCUUUGGAGAAGCUGGUUCUGAAAUUAUUGCGACAAAUAUUCAAAAAGGUGGAGGUGAGGUAAACCCAAUGAUAGCUGGGAAACGGACGAUUUGCAUUUUUGGGUUUUGCGAUAUAUAAUAAUUGAAAAAAUUAAUUUAUUUAUAAAAAAUAGCUGAAAUAGAAUUUUAUUUAAAAAAAAAUUAAAUUAAAUAAAAAAAAUAAUUAUUUAUAGAAAUUUGUAUAAGAAAUUUCACUGACACUACAGAAGUGCUGCAAAACGAAGUCAUGGCUUUUGUGAAUGAAAUUGCGUAUAUAGUCCACAGUCUGGUUGAUAAAUAUUCAGGGACUGCGAAUAAAAAUAUAGGUGACGCCUUUUUAUUAUGCUGGAAAUUUCCAGAAGAAUGCAUAGAAGCUGAUACAAUGAACCCAGGAAAUCGAGUUUUAGGAAGACACCCUUUAAUUAAAGAGUACGCUGAUAUGGCAGUUAUCAGCUUCAUAAAAAUAAUCGCAGAAAUAAAUAAAAGCGGAAAAGUGCUAAAAUAUCGAGACCACCAAGGCUUAAAUGACCGUAUGCCAGGAUAUUCUGUAAAAAUGGGCUUCGGGCUUCAUCAAGGAUGGGCUAUAGAAGGUGCAAUAGGCAGCGAGUUUAAGAUCGACGCCUCUUAUCUUUCACCAAAUGUAAACAUGGCUUCAAGACUCGAAGCAGCGACAAAGCAGUUUGGAGUGCCAAUUCUUAUAAGUAACGCGCUGUUCCACAUAUGUUCAAAUGUAACAAAAACGAAUAUGAGGAAAAUUGAUAGGGUGACUGUAAAAGGCAGCAAAGAACCUAUAGAACUUUUUACAUGUGACUUAGACUUAGAAGCCCUCACACCAGUACCAGAAGUUACUUUAAGCGGCGCAGAGGCCAAGCAAGCCAGAGUUUUAGCAAGAAUUGCUCGCGAUAAGCUAAGGUCUCAAGCUAAAAGUGGAGAAUACCCAAUCCACCUACUAUGAAAUGAUGACCCUGAUUUAAAAGCAAUGAAGGAAAACAUCCCGAAAACUUUUCUAGGAGAAUUUACAAGGGCAUUGGAAUAUUAUUUUGCUGGAAAAUGGGAUAAGGCGAUAGAAGGAUUUACUAAUGUCCAAAAACUCAAAGGAGGACAUGACGGCCCUUGUGAAACACUUUUGAAUUUUAUGAAAGAAGAAGGAAAUCGUGCCCCAGCUGGGUGGCCUGGAUAUAGAGAGCUCCACGAUAAAUAA